CACUAAAGCUCCACACACUUUCUAACUAUACCUCUCGUAAAUAAUAUAGAACUUGGGUGAAUAGGACACGUGGAAAACUAUACAUCGUCAGUCUUGCGAAGUGGCUCAUAGCUUUCGAACGCGUUUGUUCCGAUUCGAGAUAGAAAAACAGUCUAAUACGAUGAAUCAGGAAGACACUUUCGAUGCAAAAGCGAGUCAAAUAAAGUAUCAUUGAUCAUCAACGAAUCUCGCGAAAAUAAAGUAUCAUUGAUCAUCAACGAAUCUCGCGAAAAAACAAACAUGGGGAUUUUUAUUAAAUAGUACGAUAUAUUUAUCUGCGCGACAAAGACGAUUUCGAUAAUAUCUUAUUUCUUCAUUAAACCCUGUGGAGCUACGCUCAAAAAGAGGCCCAAAUGAAUUCAUCGGCUUUAAAAAAUUGGUUGCAACGUGGCGAACUUGAGAAACUCGAAAAUAUCGUGUUGGAGGGUCGAGGCGCGCGUUUAUUAGGCGAACAUUCACAGGAUCUUAGAACUCGUGUCUUCCUGAAGGGACUCCCGAACUAUUUGACGAAGAUCUCUCGAGUGCACGAUGCCGUUGCGCGCGGCUCGUUAGACGAAACGCAGAAGAUCAUCUCCGAAGAGUCGAAGAAGAAGCUGGCGAUCGCCAAGGAUUCUUGCGGCACGCCCUUGAUACACAAAGCGGUCUAUCACGAUCAACCCGACAUUGUCACCUGGCUCGUAGAAAAUUAUCCUAUUACGCCGCAACAGAGAGAUAAAGAGGGAAAAACAGCUUUACACUAUUGCGGCACGUGUAAAGAUCCUGAUUCGAUCUGGGAUCUUCUUAUAGAAGGCGGAUGCGACGCUAGUAUUUGUGACAAGAGAGGAAAGCCGGCUGCUUAUUACUUGAAACAUCCCACGGAAAUUGAAUUACCCGAAGUGGAAGUGAUGCCGCGAAGAAAAAGCACCGGGAAGGAUUCUCUGGAUUUCAAACCUUCCAAUAUCAGGAUAUGGAUCCACAACAGAGACAUUGGAAAGUUGCAGCAGAUGCUGUGGGAGGGACAUGGGUCCAAACUUCGAUGCGAAACUAGCAAUAAUCCUCGGAUAAGAAAAUUCUUAGAGGCCACACCCUUCAUUAUGGGCACAAUAAAAGACGUCCAUACAGCAGUCGUUAACAACGAUUUGGAAGAUUUCAAGCAGAAAAUGGAAGGUGUUUCGCCUGUUGUUUUAUGCGGCAAGGAUAGCAACGGUUUAAAUGUCUUACAUAAGGCCGCUGGUUUAGGAUAUACGGAUAUUGCGCGUGAAAUCCUCGAAAGGCAUCCCGAAACAGUAGCAGCCCAAGAUAACGAAGGAAAGACAGCGUUGCAUUAUGCAGCUGCACUUAAAGACGACGGCGCCAUGUACGAUCUUCUGACGGAACACGGAGCUGACGAGAGUAAAUUAGAUAACAGACAAAAGGCGCCUGCAUUCUACAAGAAUCGCCCUUCGGACGUGGACCUGUCAAAUUUGUCGGUGAUACCGGAGGCACCUCGAGUCUCCGCUACUUAUCCGAAAAACUGGGACUGGAAAAUUCUGGAGUUAGGACAGAGCGCUAUGCGAGGAAUGAAAAAGGUAGUUAGCAACAUUGAGAGUGCUUUCGGUAGUGCUGAGUCUACGAUGAAGGAUGUCUCGAAUGAGAAGAUUAAGAGGGCCGAUGAGGAGCAGCAGGAGGAGGAGGAAGUUGAGAUCCCGAAUGGAGACGAGGAGGAAGUUGAGACCCCGAAUGGAGACGAGGAGGAAGCACAGAAUGAAAAAGAGAAUGAAGAGAAUAAUGAAGAGGAAGCCGCGAAUGAAAAUGCGGAGGAAACGAACGAAGAGGAGCAGCAGAAUACGGCGGAGGAGGAAACAAAAGAGGACGAAGAGGAGAAGGCAUCCUCGGACGAUGAUGUGGUAACCGGGGCUGUCGCGGAACCGACGAAAGACGAAGAGGACGGGCCUGAAGCCGCCGUUAACGAGGACGCGGUCGACGAGGAAUCCCCGAAGAUCGAAGAAAUCGCCGUCAGCGAAGAAACUGCCGUUGAGCAUGAAGAUAGAAAUGAACCCAGCACCGGCGAUUCUGGCGUUGACGAAGAGCAGCAGGUCAUUGUUGGCGAACACGAAGAGCCUGCCGAAGUAGAAUUGAAGGAAGGUAGUAUGGCCCAAGAUCUGGAAGUGGAGAACCUGCUGGAGAACGGCAACAUGGAACAAUUGGCAGCUUUGGUUCUCAAUGGCGAAGGCCGACGAUUGGUCGGACGGCAGUCCGGAAAUCCGGAACUCCAGGCAUUCAUCGACAACGUUCCAGCUUACAUGGGAAAAAUUCAUGCCGUACACAUGGCAGCGCGAGAGGGGAAUCUUCGUGAUUUGCAAAACGCCCUGGAUCGGCGUAAAUUCGCGGUGGCGCGAGACGAAUCCUCGCCCCACGGUGCAACGCCAUUGCACGUUGCAGUUGUAUUUGGCAAUACUGCUGUCAUCAGGUACCUGGCGGGAAGGUUUCCAGAAACCGCCAACGCAAUCGAUCUCGACGGACGUACUCCGUUGCAUUACGCCGCGACCCUUGCGGAUAACGGCCAUUAUUACAACCUCUUGCUACAUCUGGGCGCCAACCCUUUAAUACAAGACAACUUCGGACAUAAGGCGGAUUAUUACAAGCAAAAUCAAAGCGAUCUAUCGCACAAACGGCUUCUUCGCGAUUUCGGGGCUAGCGAGAGACUCGCCGACGAGAUGUUAACAGAUAAAGUUCCCGGAGGUGAUAUCUACUCAGCUCGACGUGACGUGAGCGAGCCCGAGAUCCUGACCACCUUGGAGCGAUGUUUCCGAUUGCUGGCGGGCAACCGGCGAUCGUCGAUACCGAAGACGCCAUCGAACGCCGGUACACUAGUCGCUCGUUGCCUGAAACGGCCCGUAUUCGAUUUGAUCAAGCACCGUGUGACUCGCAUGGACCACAAUCUGUUUGACGUGAUCUGGCCCGCCCUGAAAAGGUACGGUACCGUCACGGGCAACGGCAGCAAGACCAGCAGCGCCCGCUCGAGUCUCAGCAACUCCACGGACGAGGAUCAGGGUUACGGAGUAGUAGCGCCCGACUUCGAGAGCUAUGUCGUUUUCACGGAGUUCUUCGAUCCCUUCAUCCGGGAGUUGCACUGCGUCACAGCGAGCGGCGAUUUACUCGAUCAUCCGUUGCCGCAUUUUUUCCACAUCGAACACGAGGAGGACGUGGAGAUCCCGCCGGAUGAACCGAUCGUCACCGCGAUUACGCAAUACGAUCUAGAUCCGACCUGUAAAUUUAUCCAAGCCGGUGUUUUAGAGUGCACCAGAAACCUGGCCAACUAUAGUCUGCCAUUGACACUAACAGUCAAUCAACUGGAGGAGGUCGAGAGGGAGAUCACUACUGAGCUGAUGAGCCCGGAGAUCACCGAUUUAAUGGCGGAGGGCAGCAGCGAGGACGAGGCCGGUACAUACUUUACCCUCAACGAGAUCCUCGAUCAGCCUAGUCCAAUACGAGCACAAUUGGCAGCGGCCGGUCUAUUGUUACCCAUCACGGAGUACGAGCUGAACGACGACCGGCGUCUUCAUGGCAAGCAUUGGCCCUACGGACGCGGCGUGUACGUUACUACAGCCGGUGAUCUCGCUGCGUGGGUGAACGUCCAGGAUCAUCUGAGGAUCGUCUGUCGCACCAGCGAAAACCGGCCGGGCAUGGUAGGCCGCGCUUAUGUCAGGGUGGCUAAACUGAUGAUGAUAUUCGACCGGAAACUAAAAUCCAAACGAGAUCAGAAGCUUGGCUUCCUGACCGCGCGCCCGCACGCUCUCGGCAACACUCUCAGAUUCUGCCUGAUCGUCCGGCUUCCGGAACUCUCAAAGACGCCCGACAAUCUGAGGCACUUGUGUGUAGUGCGUGGCCUAAGCGUACGCGACACCAUAAAGAGGGAUAUGGUGAGGAUCAGCAAUCAACAAUCGCUGGCGAUCAUCGAGCUGCAGACUCUCCAAGACUUCUCCAGAGCGGUGCACAAUAUCAUCACGCUGGAAAAGGAAUUGUCGUUGAACAACUCGAUGAAGCUCGCCAAUCUCAUCACCGAUGAUAAUGAAGCCGAAAUACCGAUAUUUCGGACGGAAGAAGGCCGUUAUUUAGCAUCAUCAUUGGGUGACCCCUUAAUUAAAGGAUUAACGGAAGUUGCUAACGCGCGUCCAAAGGAUCCAGUCACAUAUCUCGCGACAUACCUGUACAACUUCGCCAGCAAGAACAAAGCCGAACAGGAAUCUGAUGUCCUCAUUAUACCUGAGCGUGAAGAAGAAAAUUUGGAAAAUAUCGAGAAUGAACAUUUCGAUGAAGACGCCGGUUAUCCUCGAAGUCCAGCUUCAGAUAUACCUGAAUCCACGUUCAGCAAUCCUAAUAGAGACGAACAUGGACAAAGCAUGAUCCAUUUCGCGGCAGUUCGUUCCUAUUCGAAGGAUGGUCUGUAUCACCUGCUACUGGAGACGCAGGUUAACGUUGGUUUCAGGGACGAAUUAUAUCGGACAGCAAGAGAUGUUGCCGAACAGGCAAAUAUUCGAGAGAACGUUGAAGAGAUUGAUCGCUACGUUAUUCAUCUAGCGGCGAGAGGAGAAACUGAAAAGCUGGUCGAACUUUUGCUGGAGGGUUACGAUCAUAUCUUGGACGCCGAGGAUGAAGAAGUGAACAUCAUCGACGUUGCUGCCCAAAGAGAACACGAAGCCACCGUGCAGUUUCUACAAUCAAUUCCUAAUUACGUGAAUCAACGUGAGGAGGUACACGCUGCAAUUCGGGCCAACAACGUGGAUCAUGUAAAGGAACUUUUGAACAAGAACAACGGGGGUGGAAAAUUAUUGGCUGUCGGGAAGAAUUCGCUCGGACGAUGCGCACUCCACAUCGCUGUGCUUUGGGAAAAUGAAGAGCUUGUUAAAUUUAUCGCGAGAACGUAUCCGGAAACAUUACGCAUCGGCGAUAAUUUGGAAAGAACAGCUCUUCAUUACGCAAUGGGAGUGCCGUCCGUGGAAGUCUUGAGUAAUAUAUUGAUUACGGAAGGCGCAAAACGCGUUGUCAAAGAUUUGAAAUCUCGGCAGCCUUCGUAUUACUUCAUGAACAAAUCUGAUAUCGAACGACUUCAAGAAGAGGAAAAAUCCAUGAUCAUGUAAAUUGUACGUGAUGCUAAACACCUGCACCGAUUUCGCAAUUACAUGAUUACACUUUAAUGUAUUCAUGCAUUCCAUUGUGAAUAUUGAAAUGUAUGUUGAGAAACUAGAGCCGACGAGAGGCAGGAUAAAUAUAGAUUGCGGCAAUUCGCAAAAGAACUCGAGAUUUGAUUCUCUACGCUGCGUAUAUUUUUAUUUAUCUCAACAAUAUCAUUAUGUCCAUUGUUUUUGACGUCAAUUAUAAAAAAAAAUAAAUAUACCUCAAAAAACCUUUUUAAGCUCUUUCUCUAUGCGUUCUUUUAGAUUAAAUAUUUAACAUUUUAUGUUUUAUUUUUGCAUAUAUGUAAGGAAUAUUUUACGAAAAAAUUUUGUUACCACAGAGGGCUCCUAUUAAUUCUCGUUGGCUGUUGAGAAAAGCUCGUAUUUUUGCAUGAUAUAUCAUUAAAAGUAUAUUGAUUCAUGAAUUAUAUGAAUUGUAACUAUGUCAAAUGUUGAGACAAUUUAGUGCCUUAUAAAUAAAUGUAACGAGACUGCAAU